UUUCAUUGCUCGUGACAAAGAAGAUGCACUAAUCGCCAAAAACAUGAUUCCUGGCUAGGCAAUUAUUGGAGAAAAAAGAAAAUGUCAUGUUUAUCAGUUAAAGAACAUAAAACCAAAUUGAGAGUUUAUACUAAUCUAUUUCAAAAAUUGUAAACUGAAAGAGACAAAACUGAAUACCGUUUAUGAAAUCUAUUUACGUCUAAAUUGGUUGCUGCUAUAUUAGGUGGUAAUUAUGCAAUUUAUAUGUCACCCGGAUUAAAACUACUAUACUUAGGUGCUGCAAAUGGAAUAACUGUAUCUCAUGUAUCUGAUGUGUUAGGCCCUGUAAGUAUAUUAAAAUUAAACAAAUUGGACAAUUAUAUAAUUCAAUAUAUUUUAUAGGAAGGUCUUAUUUAUGCAGUUGAAUUCUCACAUAGGUUUGGUCAUGAUUUGAUUAAUGUAGCUAAGUAAAGAACUAACAUCAUUCUUAUUAUUGAAGAUGCUAGACAUCCACAUUAAUAUAGAAUGCUAGUUGGAAUAGUAGAUACAGUUUUCGCU